AUGCUUGUCAUCAAGUCCCUCGCUCCCCUGGCCGCCCUCCUGGGCCUUGCCAUUGCCAGCCCCGUCGAGAGGUCUGAGCCCAAGCCGCUCGAGGUCCGCCAGUCCGCCACCACCUGCGGCUCCACCUCCUACACCGCGGCCCAGGUCCGCGCCGCCGCCAACGCCGCCUGCUCCUACUACCAGGCUGGCGACACUGCCGGCAGCUCCACCUACCCUCACACCUACAACAACUACGAGGGCUUCGACUUCCCCGUCAGCGGCCCGUACCAGGAGUUCCCUAUUCGCACUAGCGGCGUUUACACUGGCGGCUCCCCCGGUGCUGACCGUGUCAUCAUCAACACUGACUGCGACUACGCCGGUGCCAUCACCCACACCGGUGCCAGCGGCAACAACUUCGUUGGCUGCUCCGGUACCUCGUAA